UGAAAACACUUAAAGAAAAAAACCCUAAAAUGGAGAGCUCGACAUGUCCAUUUUCUCCGUGAAAUCUAUCUCUCUUGUUUCGUUCCUCCACCGUCUCUGUCUCGAGUUUUCAUACAGCUCAGAGUUUUUUUCUAAAGAAAAAAACCCUUAAAGAAAACACUUAAAGAAAAAAACCCUAAAAUGGAGAGCUCGGCAUGUCCAAUUUCUCUGUGAAAAACUAUCUCUCUUGUUUCGUUCUUCCACCGUCUCUGUCUCGAGUUUUCAUACAGCUCAGAGUUGGGCUCUAUAAAGGUCUUGCCUGCCAUCUUUGCAAUUUUCAGCUAAGGGAGCUGGAAUGUCGCGUGCCACAGGCACCAUGCAAAGGGUUGUGAACCCAGAGAUCUCAGAUUGGGCCAGUUUACCUGAUCCUAAUCUUCAGUGCAAACUAGAACAGGUGCCUCCUACCUGUUAUUGGACUCGUCUUCCGUAUUGCAAUUUUAGAUGCGAACACGAGAAGGUUCCUGAUUGCUAUAAGACAACAAAGGGAGACAAUUUAUUUGUUCUAGAACCAUCCUUGUCCGUAGUGAAUGAUGUUAAUUGUUUAUGUAGGAGCAGAGUUAGAAGGUUGGAAGCCAGCUGGAAUGGGAAUUCAUCAAGUCUUGUGCGAUGCACAGUACACAGAAGACGAAUCCGGGAAGGUAACUAGUGCCGCUUAUGGUAUGGAUUUAAAGAGCGACGAGGGAAAAGUGUUGGCAUGGACCCACGGCCCUUCAGAGCCUAUGUAUCAAGGAGUCCGAGUGCACGAAAUAGUAGCAGCACUUAUGGGAGUCACGUUAUCUGAUGAGGUUAGGAAGUUGCAUCUGAAAUAUAAAUUAUCUGAUGAAGAGAAAAAGCUUUUUGAUAUCAAGCAUCUUGAAAUUGUUUCUGAUAAUGAAGAAGCUAUUGAGAUGAUGGAAGAAAUGAGGGAUGAAGAUUCUGAUAUUUCUAAACAAUUGGAUUCGAGAUCAGGUACAGCUUCAGAUGAGAUCAAGGUCUUAAGAAAGUUAAGGAAUAAAAUCAUCACCACAUUUGGCUUUCACAAUGUAACAUUUCGCUCUCUUGUCAGGGAGGGUAACUUCCUGGCAGAUUCGCUGGGAAGGAGGAAAACUUUGUCUCGCGCUACAAAGACUAUUAGAGAUUCUGGCUUUUAUAUACCAGGCGUCUUGUAUUUUGAAUUUCGAAACAUAAGAAGCAAUCCAGAAAACCAGAAGAAAGACCGACAGACCUUCGCACAGUUUCACUACAUCAGAUUUCGAGUAAGAGAGAAUUCACCCUUCUUUUUCGUACGGGAGAAGGCUUGGUACUUCUCUGGUUACAGUCACGGAAGAGGAGGAGGACGACGAAGAAGGGACGACUCAAUUCUUACUGGUGGUAAUGCUGGUUCGCAAGUUAAGGGAGGUCAUGAUUGGAAACAGGUGAGUACUCUUGCUGAGUAUGAGUAUAAGCCAGUUCAGGUUGAAGAGAAGAAGGCUGCUGUCAACACAAUGAGUGAAGAGCGGAAACUUGCUCUUGAGAAACAAUUUGUAGGUAUGAAAGUAAUUGGUAAGAAGAAAGAGGAGGAGCUUCAGCUUCCUAUUAAGAAGAAGAAAAGACGUGCAAAAGAGCAAAAGGAUGAAAAGUUGCAGCCGGUGCCUCCAAAAGAAUCCCAGAAGUCAGAUGAAAAGCAGAAGAGUACUGAUCAUAACAAGGAGAGUGAACCUCCUGCCGUAUCUCUUAUGAGUUGGGCAGAUGCAGUCAGGAAUGGAGGAUCUCAGCAGCAGCAGCAGAAGAAGAAGAUUUCAAGUCGGGAUAAACCUGUGAAAGCCUGAACUUCAAUGCUGUUACGUCAGGUAUACCAUUGUGAUCUGUUGGCGCUCAGUUCAUUCAGUUGGGCAGCUCAGUUCAUCUUUUUGCUGGUUUUAGCUGUAGUUAGUCUGUUAGGUUGGUUUCCAGUGAUGGUAAGAAAACUUAUCUGUUACCUGAGUUAUGUUGGUUUCCAGUGAGUAUAAUGGUGAGACUCGUGUAGAGUUUUUUUUUGGGGGGUUUUAACCUAAGUGCCAACUGAGGAUAAAGCUGUGAAAGCCUGAAUUUUGUACUGGUUAUGAGGAUCAUCAAUACUAGUUUUGUGAUAGUGGGACUUACCCUAUCAUCAAUUCUAGUUUGGUUAGCUGCAGUCUUCAAGGGUAUAGUCUAGUUUGUUUUUAUGAUGUCAGUAGGAUUUAGUUUACAAAUGAAAAGAUCAUGGAUGAUCAUGAGUUAGUCCUAGAAAUGUGGUUUUCCAACUUUGAAUUUUUAAAAACAAUGAGAAAUACUAAUUGUUCAAGCCUUAUUACUAGAGGCACGUGUGAAGGCAUUGCAAUAACAGUGAUGUCCUAGUUCAGAACUUGAUUCCCUUUUUUGAAGUUGAUGCUUAAAGGAUA